CACUAUUUAACCGCAAGACGGCCGCGCAACGACCUGUUGUGAUCCCGUCAUGGCGCGCUACGCCCGUGUCGCUACUUUGGCCGCGUGUCUCUUAUUCGCCUGCGCAGUCGCCGAUGGUCACCGAUGGCGGCGACAGGCGGACGACUCGGUGAAGAAAGACGACAGCUUGGAGCAAGAGCUAUGCAAGGACAAGGACGCGGGAGAGUGGUUCCGGCUGGUGGCAGGCGAGGGCGACAACUGUCGCGACGUCAUCCAGUGCACUGCCUCGGGAAUUCAAGCUAUUAGAUGCCCAGCUGGAUUGUAUUUCGACAUCGAGAAACAGACCUGUGACUGGAAAGAUGCAGUAAAGAACUGCAAACUGAAGAACAAGGAGCGCAAAGUGAAGCCUCUGUUGUAUACAGAAGAGCCACUCUGCCAGGACGGCUACCUGGCCUGCGGAGACUCCACGUGUAUUGAACGAGGACUCUUCUGUAAUGGAGAAAAAGACUGUGCUGAUGGCUCUGAUGAGAACUCUUGUGAUAUUGACAACGACCCAAACAGGGCUCCCCCUUGCGAUCCGUCUCAAUGCGUCUUGCCCGACUGCUUCUGUUCAGAAGACGGCACCGUCAUCCCCGGAGAUCUGCCCGCCAAAGACGUGCCACAGAUGAUCACUAUAACUUUCGAUGAUGCCAUCAACAACAAUAAUAUUGAACUGUACAAAGAAAUCUUCAAUGGAAAACGUAAAAAUCCCAACGGAUGUGACAUCAAAGCUACUUUCUUUAUCUCGCACAAAUAUACAAACUAUUCAGCUGUUCAGGAGACACAUCGCAAAGGUCACGAAAUAGCAGUGCACUCUAUAACGCACAAUGAUGAUGAGCGUUUCUGGAGCAACGCUACGGUUGAUGAUUGGGGUAAGGAGAUGGCAGGUAUGAGGGUGAUAAUUGAGAAAUUCUCCAACAUCACCGAUAACAGUGUGGUAGGUGUACGCGCUCCCUACCUCCGAGUGGGCGGUAACAACCAGUUCACUAUGAUGGAGGAGCAGGCCUUCCUUUAUGACAGCACUAUUACAGCACCGCUUUCAAACCCGCCCCUAUGGCCCUAUACCAUGUAUUUUAGAAUGCCUCAUCGCUGUCAUGGAAACUUGCAGAGCUGUCCGACGCGAAGCCAUGCAGUAUGGGAAAUGGUUAUGAAUGAACUUGAUCGUCGUGAAGAUCCCACAAAUGAUGAAUAUCUUCCUGGAUGUGCUAUGGUUGACUCAUGCUCUAAUAUUUUAACGGGAGAUCAGUUCUACAACUUCUUAAAUCAUAACUUCGACCGUCAUUAUGAACAAAACCGCGCACCUUUAGGUUUAUACUUCCAUGCUGCAUGGUUGAAAAAUAACCCUGAAUUCUUGGAAGCCUUCACGUAUUGGAUCGAAGAAAUCCUUCAAAAUCACAAUGACGUAUAUUUCGUUACCAUGACACAAGUAAUUCAAUGGAUUCAAAAUCCUCGCACUAUAACUGAAGCGAAAAACUUUGAGCCAUGGAGAGAAAAGUGCGCCGUUGAAGGAAUCCCCGCCUGUUGGGUGCCGCACUCUUGCAAACUCACAUCCAAAGAGGUCCCCGGAGAGACCAUUAACCUGCAAACGUGUUUGAGAUGCCCCGUAAAUUACCCGUGGCUCAACGACCCUACGGGUGACGGUCAUUAUUAAGAGCGCAAUGAUCUCGCGCCUUCAGCGCUCAAAAUUAGUUGUUAUAUGAAAAAUUGUUUGAGAAGUACGAGGAUAACAUAUCUAUAGCACUGGAAAUAAUGAUUAAUUUACAGUGCCAAUUUAGUUGGCUUUAAGUAUGUUAUUCUGUAAUUCUUAAGUGUACCGGGUCAUAAUCCCGCCCGUAGUCUAAGUACCUACCUAUGUAAUAUAGACUCACAUAAAUAUUUAAUAGGUCUGUGUAAUACUUUAUGUGAUCAUCGAAUUUAAGUCUGUUUGAUAAACGUAAAAAUAUAAA